AAGAUAUAUGCUAGGGAAUGAUAGAAAUUUGUAUGAUUAAAUCUGUCAUAUAACCACCUGCAGUUUUUGUGGCUUUUACUUGAAGAUAUAUGCUAGGGAAUGAUAGAAAUUUGUAUGAUUAAAUCUGUUAUAUACCGCCUACAAUUUUUGUGGCUUUUACUUUGAAGAUAUAUGCUAGGGAAUUUGCAAGGACUCUCAAGUUUGCCAAAAUAUGAUUAAAUCUACAAUUUUUGUGUCUUGUACAGGAUGAUGUAUUAUUGAAUUUGCAGGGACUCCCAAGUUUGAUAAAAUAUGAACCCUUAUUAUCCUUUGAAUAUUUUUUUGUUCUUUUUUUUUUUUCGUGCAAAUGCUAACAUGCAAACACUUUUUUUUUUCUUCUUCUUUUUGUUUUUAAUAGUGUAUAUUUUAUUUUUAGUGAAGAUUUUUGGGUCUUUGCUAGCUAGCGUGUGCCGGGUAGGCUUAGGUAUUGAAAAUGCUUCUGGGCCAGGGUUUGGAAUGGUCAAAUUGGGCCUGAAUAUGAGCUGUGCUGGGCCCAGAUCACAUUUGGCGCUGAGUGGGCCAACUGGGUUUUGAAUAUCCUUUUAGGCCCGUGUUUGGAAUUAUCAAAUUGAUUAUAAUGAUGAGCCAAGCUAGGCCCAGCUCAGCUCUAAUACCACAUCUUAACCCAAGGAUUGUAUCGCACUUGGUAAAGGCCUGGGGUUAAGACCCCAAGUCUCAAGUUCGAAACUCUUUGAGCCAACCUCUUGGGCGUAGCACAGUUGGUUAGAAGGUUAGCCUCAAGUUGUUGCUACCACAGCACUUGGUGUGGGUUCAAUACCCCCGCAGUUAGUUACACUAUAUUUUCAUCUAAAUCUCACAUUAGUUGUUGUACUUUUAUCAAAAUCUCACUUUGUUUUUCAUCUAAAUCUCACAUUAGAUGUUGUACUUUUAUCAAAAUCUCCUUUUGUUUCGUUUAUUUUUAUUCUUCGUCAACCUCAUUAACAAUAGAUGGGUGAAAGGUGACAUUGCAGCUUUUGUUAAAGCGUUUAGGGGUUUAACUGUCUCAAUGAAUUGAAAGUAAAGGGAUCAAAGUCAAGUUAUGACGAAAAUGCAAGGGUGCUAAGUGUAAUUAACCCAAUCUCUCAACGUGCUAUGUUAUGUUAUAUCUAGGUUUUAGGGUUUAGUCAAUCUAUUUAGCAGAUCUCCUCUCCCCUGGACAAACGUGCGACUUUGGAGGCUGUGGGAGCCGUGUUCAAGCAGCCCAAUACCAUUAGGCCCAAUUGCAGGUUGGCCCAUUUGGCCUCAUCCAUCAGGCCCAUUUAGAGCUCAAUAAAAUGGGCUACAUAGAAGGGCCAAGUAACAAGUCUUGGGUCUAGUAGCAGAAGCCAAAUAGUCCAUGCAAGCAUCUUGGCUAGUUGCUGAUUCCUCUCCAUAGAGUGGUGGGGGAGUGAGUCAUCAAGAUGUGUGUAGUAGGCUAUGAAGCACGGGUACUCAAAAAAUAGUGCCGUACACGUACCGGUACGGCUGCAUGCGUACCGGGUACAGCAAAAAGGACUCCGGUACGUUUGGUUCAAUCGGGUACAGCUUGGGUACGGAUUGGGUACGGCAUGGGUACAUCUUUAGUGCGUUUCAGGAACGUCAGGGGCAGAAAUCAAAUUUCUAGGAGAAUUGAGGGGUACCGGAGCAAUAUUAAGAAAAAUUUCAGAAAAAAGAAAGAAGGAAUAUACACGAAUGAUGUUUGUUUUGCCCUAAUCUCAUCACUUCAGCAACACAGCAGCAAGAGGCGACCCAGCAGCAAAGAGGCGACCCAUCCAUUCCCUUUGAAGGCCUCCCGCGACGACGACGCAAGAUCAGCAAGCAUCUGGUUUUGUCCCUUGUUGCAUCUCUUCGUCUUCCCUCCGGUGAGAAACUGGUCAGAAUUUUUGGGUGCGGGCAUAUCAGCAAACAGCAAGCAACUGGGUGCCGGCAGCUAAUUCUUACGAUGAUUUCCAUAAAAUUUUUUGGGUUUUUAUUGCCUUGUUGGGUAGCCUCCUCGGAACAACGUAUAAACCAUUUGAAACACAAUAUCCGAAGGCGGUAGCAUUUGUAGCAACUAUUGCAAUCUAUUUUAUAUCGUUGGUGAUUGAAUUAGCACUCCGAACCAAAGGCAUAGAUCAUAUUAUAGUUAACAUAUUAAGCUUGUUCUUGGGCUCACUUGCUGUUAUUUUGCCCAUAUUGAUCAUUUUCCCAGCCAUUGGGUGCUGGCUUUGGGCAUAUGGGUCUGUGUUUUUGGCAUUGUUGUAUAUCGUUUCUAUGAUAAGAUCAGAGAUGAUUUUGUCAAAAUUGUUGCAGAAAUUAGAAGCAUAAUGAAUCAAUUGAGAAAUGGCAAUGCCAAUGGAAGUCAGGGUGAGCCGAAUGCCAGUGCAAAGGAAAGUAUGGGCAGUUCUGCAGUUACAAUGCCUGUGAAUGUGGUUUGAAAGCGGGUUGUCCACACCCGCAAGAACUUACCCGCAAAGACUUUCUUUCUUUUGUUUUUUUGAUAAAAACCUCGACUGUUGUUUUUUGAUUAUUGAAUUUUGGAUGAAUGUAAAAAUUAAUGAAGAAUUAUUUUAGGUAAGUUUAAGAUCUUGAAUUAUUUUACUUUAAUUGUAUUGUUGAAUGAGAUUGAUGAUCUAGUUUUGGAUUUUGAAUA